AAUGCAUCCUUUUUCUGCAUCGAAAAGGAGUUAGUGCAUGUGAAAGAACUUUCUGUGGGGUCGAGGGAAAUGGAUGAUGUGAAAGUGAGCUAGGGUCCAUCCAUUGUGGACUCCUGUGCCAUCCGUGUGGAAUCGAAGUGCCAUCCAGGAUGCAGGACCCAACACUGCAUGACCCGUCACACCUUCUCUGGGAUCUCUGCAAGCUAGUCACCCACUGCCGAAAUGAGGAGGCCCUGUUGCCAACGUACCGGUGGUGCGAGCGGAUGUUGACCCUGGAUGGUGCAUCCUUGAGGGGAGGCCCAGGGAAUUCUCUCCAGACCAUGGAGAGCCUGGGGCAGAUCAUUGCGAGGCAGCUGGUACGGGAAGGACGCAACACCGAUGCCCGUCGCAUCCUUCGCUCUGCUGCACUCCUCAAGGACAAGAGGAGUAGAGCAGGAGAGGAGUUCCCAUCGGGGGUGUCGAGCAUCAGGAGAGACGAGGCCUUGGGCCGACCCUCUUCGUCUCAGGGUGUCCCUUUGUCGUCUCAGGCCUUCCCUGCAUCCUCCUCUUCCUCCUUGAGCCACAAUUCUGCCACCAGAAACACAAUUCGCAUUCAUGGUGAAGAACUUCCUGGCUUGUCGAAUGAGAAGCAGAGGAGAAGCCCAGAUGCCGAGCCACUGGGAGCGAAGAAGACGAGUCCAGAUGCCGAGUUGCUGACGGAGAUCCUCCUGGUUCUCCAGGGGGUUGAGAGCCGGCACAUUCGGUGGGAGUCCCGGCGGCAGGAGUUCGUCCUUCAUCGUGACUUCAAGAUCCCAUUACCGGCCCCAAAGCAGCACCAGUUGCUACGCCUGUGCGAGUCUGGUUGGGUGUACCAGAGGGUCAGAGGUUACUGUGACUCUCUGGGGAAGAGUGGGGGAUUAGUGGGCGAGGCCCUCGUCUCUGCCUUGCGCUCUCACCUCCAUAAAUAUCUUGGCCAUCUCACUGUCCUUGAUCAGCAGUUGCAAAGCGGGCAGCUGACACUGAUGCGCCUGGUGCUGUGGAUGGAGGAGCCACGGGAGGAGCUCCAAUUUCUUGCUGCCGUAGCAACAAGAGCAGAGGGGCUGAAGGGUGGAGCACUUCUUUCUCUACUCUACCACUUCUCCCAUCAUGGCGAUGUGGCUCGUCAAGCCCUUGCUCUGAGCCUUCUUGCAGAGGCUUGUCGUCCACUGCGGUUGAUGCUCACCGAUUGGGUCGUGAAGGGACGACUCCGGGACCCAUACCAGGAGUUCUUUGUUGCAGAGGAUCCAUCAAUCCCAUUACCGGCCCCAAAGCAGCACCAGUUGCUACGCCUGUGCGAGUCUGGUUGGGUGUACCAGAGGGUCAGGGGUUACUGUGACUCUCUGGGGAAAAGUGGGGGAUUAGUGGGCGAGGCCCUCGUCUCUGCCUUGCGUUCUCACCUCCAUAAAUAUCUUGGCCAUCUCACUGUCCUUGAUCAGCAGUUGCAAAGCGGGCAGCUGACACUGAUGCGCCUGGUGCUGUGGAUGGAGGAGCCAAGGGAGGAGCUCCAAUUUCUCGCUGCUGUAGCAACAAGAGCAGAGGGGCUGAAGGGUGGAGCACUUCUUUCUCUACUUUACCACUUCUCCCAUCAUGGCGAUGUGGCUCGUCAAGCCCUUGCUCUGAGCCUUCUUGCAGAGGCUUGUCGUCCACUGCGGUUGAUGCUCACCGAUUGGGUCGUGAAGGGACGACUCCGGGACCCGUACCAGGAGUUCUUUGUUGCAGAGGAUCCAUCAGUAAAACGAGAGCUCUGGUGGCAGCACAAGUACUCUCUCAGGGAAAGAAUGGUACCUGAAUUUAUAUCGAAGGACAUGGCAGAGAAAGUGGUGUCUUCAGGAAAGGGGAUCAAUUUCCUGGCAGAGGUGUGCCAUGAAAUGGAUCUACUCAUUCGGUGUGGGGAUCAUGUCCAUGCAAAGCUCCUCAACACCAGCUGUAGGUUCUUUCAGAAGCUAGAGAUCCCAUUACCGGCCCCAAAGCAGCACCAGUUGCUACGCCUGUGCGAGUCUGGUUGGGUGUACCAGAGGGUCAGGGGUUACUGUGACUCUCUGGGGAAAAGUGGGGGAUUAGUGGGCGAGGCCCUCGUCUCUGCCUUGCGUUCUCACCUCCAUAAAUAUCUUGGCCAUCUCACUGUCCUUGAUCAGCAGUUGCAAAGCGGGCAGCUGACACUGAUGCGCCUGGUGCUGUGGAUGGAGGAGCCAAGGGAGGAGCUCCAAUUUCUCGCUGCUGUAGCAACAAGAGCAGAGGGGCUGAAGGGUGGAGCACUUCUUUCUCUACUUUACCACUUCUCCCAUCAUGGCGAUGUGGCUCGUCAAGCCCUUGCUCUGAGCCUUCUUGCAGAGGCUUGUCGUCCACUGCGGUUGAUGCUCACCGAUUGGGUCGUGAAGGGACGACUCCGGGACCCGUACCAGGAGUUCUUUGUUGCAGAGGAUCCAUCAGUAAAACGAGAGCUCUGGUGGCAGCACAAGUACUCUCUCAGGGAAAGAAUGGUACCUGAAUUUAUAUCAAAGGACAUGGCAGAGAAAGUGGUGUCUUCAGGAAAGGGGAUCAAUUUCCUGGCAGAGGUGUGCCACGAAAUGGAUCUACUCAUUCGGUGUGGGGAUCAUGUCCAUGCAAAGCUCCUCAACACCAGCUGUAGGUUCUUUCAGAAGCUAGAGGUGUAA